AUGUCUUUUAUUCUGUCUUACCGAAACCCCAAAGCGAAGUUCAGGCGGGCCCGCGCGCCGAGCAACGCCGUGCAUCAACAAGAAGUCCCAAAGUUGAGACAGAAGCGGGUGGUACUGCUGUCGUAUGAGGAGCUGCCCGAGUGGCAUAAAGACAACCACUUCAUGCGAACCGGAUAUCGACCCAUUUCGAACUCCUGCCUUAGCUGUGCGCAGUCCCUAGGUUAUCUACACAACGAAACUCUGAACAUUUAUACCCAUCUCAUACCAGCGGUAUGCUACAUUCUCGGCCAUGUCAUUGUGCAUCGCGCGCUCAAUUCAUUCUAUCCGGAGGCCACGUUGUUGGAUCAUAUUACAUUCCACUGCAAUGUGGGUGCUGCUGUCAUUACGUUGGCUCUGUCCUCUGCCUACCAUACUUUGAUGAAUCACUCAAUGCACGUCUCCAACCUAAUGCUGAGGGUGGACUACGUUGGCAUUCUUGUCCUCAUCCUGGGGAGCUUCUUUUCCGGGAUUUAUGUUGGAUUCUACUGCGAGCCCUUGCUUCGGUGGACAUAUUGGACCAUGAUAAUCACUCUUAGCAUUGUCACCUCCACUCUGGUACUGCACCCAAAGCUUCAGGGAAUACGGUAUCGGGACCAUCGCACUUGGGCGUUCAUUCUCACUGCACUGUCGGGAUUUGCGCCUAUCAUCCACGGAAUGCUAUUGUAUGGCUGGAAGGAGAUGUGGCUAAGGUCUGGUAUGCCUUACUACCUCCUAGAGGGUCUCGCGUACGGGAUCGGCGCUUUUUUCUUCAUCACUCGAAUACCGGAAUCGAUCUGGCCUGGUACUUUUGACAUAUGGUUUUCCUCGCAUCAACUAUUCCACACAUUCGUUGUGUUGGCGAGUCUUGUGCACCUCUACGGAGUUUGGGCAGCGUUUGACUGGAACUACGAGCAUCAAAGGAUUUGUCCUGUGGCUCAAUAG